UUUGUUUUCGAUGGCGGAGAUUUGUGAUUAUAAAAAGAAGAAGAGCGACUCCACAAAUUUCUGAUGGAAGAUUCUGUCUUCUCCCCACUCUUGCUCGUUCAUUUAUCGGAUUUGGAGCUGCGGAAGAUUUAGGAGUUAAUUUGUCGGAGUCUUUGGAAGGUUUCGAGCAAAAAAAAUUGCUUUUUUGGAGGUUCUUCGAGCAAAAAAAAUUGCUUUUUCGAGCGAUCGGGUGGAAGCUUGAGGUUUCGAUUCCUGCUCUGUUUCCGAUCUGUACGUGUUGAGCGGCUGCAGCUGCAGAUCGUUACAGAAGCUUAGAGACAGAUUGAGCUGAAGAAGAAGCUGCGUGACUUGGAGCAGAAAGGAGGAGGGGGAAGUAGUUAUGUACGGAGCUCCUCCGGCGACGGCGACGUCGAAGGAUCUCGACCUGGCUUAUCCGCCUGCCGCGCCUCUCGGAGGCCACCGGAAGGAGGAACCCGAGUCGGCGGGCCUCCACGUGCUCCUCCACCAUCCACCAGCACAACAGGAGCAGGUGAGCCCCGGUCUCCUCCGGUUCCGAUCCGCUCCGAGCUCGUUGUUCGAAGAACUCUGCGAGGACUUCCUCCCCGCAAGACCCUACGGCGCCGAGACCGACGAGCCCUCGGUUGUCGAUACCGUUGACUGCCAGAGGAGGCCUCAGUUCUGGCGGCCACCGCCAUCGGGGGAGAAGGUCAGCCCUCAACAUAAGGUUGCAUCCUCCUCUGCUCUGCCGAUGACGCAUCAUCACACGCAGCAGCCGUUGCAGAUGCCGAAUCAUAGCUUGUCAUACCGGACGAUGGGUUCGAUGCUGGCGGAGGUGGAACAACACGAGAACGGAGGUGGCAGAAGCUUCGCCAACCUCACUCGCCAGAGCAGUUCACCCGCUAUCGUCUCAUCUCACAAUGGCUAUCCUAUGAUGAGGGAUCUGCGUGGUUUCAGAAAUGAGGGUCUUCCUCCCAUGGGAGAUGCAGCAAAAAGGUUUAGGGGUCAUCAGUUAAGCUUAGGAAAGAGACAAAGCUCCUUGAUGUCUCGGAUCUCUGAGACGGGGAGCGAGGAGUUCGGCCGCGGUAGUCAUGAAGAGAGCGGGUGUUACAUGCCUGGUUGGGAAGAGACCUCUCUGCUUUCUGCAAACAGCUUCGCAGGGACGAGAAAAGGCAGUGAGGGGGAGGACAAGACAGGCGCCGGUCUCAACCACUCGGAGCCUCAGAAGGGGGAGGUGAGGAACCAUGUCUCGGGUGUCACACAUCAGCUCAGCUUGCCCAAGACCUCGUCGGAGAUGGCCGCCGUCGAGAACUUUCUACGGUUUCAGGACGCAGUCCCCUGCAGAAUCAGAGCUAAACGGGGCUGCGCCACCCACCCGCGAAGCAUCGCCGAGCGGGUGAGGAGGACUAAGAUCAGCGAAAGGAUGAAGAAGCUACAGGAGGUUGUUCCUAACAUGGACAAGCAAACCAACACUGCCGACAUGCUAAAUUUGGCCGUUGACUACAUCAAGGAUCUCCAGAAACAAGUCAAGACGCUGACGGAAGGCAGGGCGAGCUGCACCUGUUUGUCCAGCAAUCAAAAUUCUUACUUGAACUCGAAAUCAGGAGCGAGAGGUUCCUAAAGACUUGGAAAUGGCGUUGACUUUUCAGACUAGAUUUGUCUUAGCUGGGAUAAAGCUUUUUGCUUACUGGAGGAAACUCCAUUGAAGCAGAGAAGACGCUUAUCAAUCAUUGAAUAGAACUGAGCCGAUCGAUUAAACUCGUGUA